CAAGUGGCGUGUUGCACAGCGUGGACCAAACGAUUCUCCAACGAAACAUCAACAACCAGCUAAACGAGGUAUCAUUACGGGACAUACAUUUUAAUUUAAAUAUUUGAAUUCCGCUAUUAACGGUUACUUUAAUAAGCUAUAGACAUUCAAAACACACAAAAGCAGCAUCACUGUGUUAACAUUGGGACGUCGGCCUAAACAUUUAAGGAAAUACUGCUGAGUUUAGUGAACAUGUAAAACUGUCACUUACCAGCUGAAAGUGUAGUUAAGCUAUUGUGUUGCCCGGUUUGUUUUAUUCAGUAAUUUAAAGUGAAGUAGCUGUUGGCAGCAGACAUGGCCAACAGCAACAGUGUAGACAUGGAUCCGGACGUUGCUCGGAGGCUGUUUGAGGAGGGAGCCACGCUGGUGCUGCUGGGUGUUCCUCAGGGCACAGAGCUGGGGAUUGAUUGCAAGAGCUGGCAGGUCGGUCCCCGCUUCAAGGGCGUGAAGAUGAUCCCCCCUGGCCUGCACUUCCUCUUCUACUCCUCUGUUAACUCGCCAAGCUGUGGAGGAGAAAUUGGCCCCAAGACAGGACUCUUCCUCAAUCUCAAACCCAGAGACAUCCUGUUGGCCAACUGGGAUCCCAAAGAAGAAGAUUUGGACUUCUCAGCCUCCCAGAACGAAGAGGAGGUGAGCCGGGUCAGAGCAAACCUGAAAGAGCUGGAUCCUUUCCUGGGGCCUUAUCCGUACGAGGUGAUGAGGAAGUGGGUGUCUCUGACUGACCGUGUGAGUGAGGAGCUGGCCAACAACUUGCAGCCUCUUUCAGGUCGGAUAUGUGCCUUCAGUGACGUCAUCCCCGAGGUUCAGCUCACACACACCAAAGAUCGGGCAGAGCAGCCGAGGAAUGACACAGCCUGCCAGAGCAUGAAGGAGGGACUCGACAGGCUCCCCAAAAUGAAGCACAGGGAGGGGACGGAGUUACGCUUCUCUGUUAUCCCCAAAAAGAAAUACCCGAGUGGGGCUACACCCGCUGAGAUCACCCAGUGCAGCCUGGACCAGAGCUACGCCCUGGAGACUCUGCUGCAGAAGAACUACGGCGUUCAUCCUCUCAACCUGCUAGGUGAGCUGCAGUUUGCCUUUGUGUGUUUCCUGCUUGGGAAUGUAUACGAGGGCUUCGAGCACUGGAAGAGUCUCCUGGCUCUGCUGUGCCGAUCAGAGGAGUCCAUGCAGAAGCGUAAAGAGCUCUAUCUGGGGCUCAUUGCUGUGCUUUACCACCAGCUUGGAGAAAUCCCACCCGACUUCUUUGUUGACAUCGUGUCUCAGAGCAACUUCCUCACUUCCACACUACAGGACUUUUUCCAGUUUGCCAGUGGACCUGGUAUGGACGGCACGCUGCGUAAGAGAGCGGAGAAGUUCAAAGCUCACCUGACCAAGAAGUUUCGCUGGGACUUUGAGGCAGACAUUGACGACUGUGCCCCCGUGGUAGUGGAGCUGCCUGAAGGUGUUACAGUGGACUGAGAUGAAGGAGGGAUUCAGUGACAUACUGGAGCCAAAAGCACAUAACUGGACUGAAAUGAUGUGGAAGGACUGCAGUGAAGUUUGGUAUUUAACUCCAGAUUCAAAGGUUCUUAGACGGCUUGAGGAAAACACCUUAACAACCAGUAUUAGUUUUAGUAUCAGCAGUAGUUCUCUAACAGUGUGUGCUAUAAAACACCUUCUUAUUUACAGUAUGUAAACUCUGUUUUGAACAAAACAAACAUAAAGUCAUCUCAAGUGAGUCAUGGCAGAGCUGCAGUAUACUGAAUGUCAAUGGUGCCCCCUGCUGGUUGUUACCAUGCAUUACAUUACAGUUUUUAAACCAAAUUGCAAAUCAUUGAUUGCCAAUCAACCCCCAAGUAUUUUUAACCUCAUUUUAGUUAACCCUCUGGGGUCUGAGCCUAUUUGCCCUUUAUAUACCACAUAAUAUUUACUAUACUCAUGUUUGGUAUUUGGUACUUUCUCAGCACAACUUUAACACAAUCCGACAAUUUAUUUUUUCACUUGAACCCUUUAUUAACAUAUUGAGCCCAAAAAUACACAAAAAUCAUGAAAUCUGAAAUAAAAUUUGACUAUUUAUGGCAAUAAAAACCACACAUAUGCUCAAUGAACUGUUUAAGACCUGAACAAUGUAGACAUAGGUUACAAAUAUGAACAUGUAAAGGUAAAAUAAAAAUAAUAAAUAAUAAAAUAUAAUAAAACUAUACAUAAAAAUUACCAUUAAAAACAUGUUUAUUCACAGGAACAGUGUUCGACAAUUAGAGCCCUUUUCCAUUUUUACAAAAUGCCACACCUGCCUCGUCCCAUCCUACUUUUACACUUAAAUAAAUAUUUCUGUACUAUCAAAUUACAAUGAUCAUAUCUUUGGUUUGACAUGACCUCGGAACGUCAAACAAAAACUGGAGAAAGUUUCAAGUCUGUAAUUUGGAGUGAAGUCGUCAGCAGCGCUCCAUGUGACCUCGUUUUUUUACUACGGCGCUUUAAAAAAAGACACGUUAUCUGAUCACGCCAACGUGAUCAUAGACCCCAGAGGGUUAAAGAGUUAUUAAUAGUUUCACAGACAGAUUUGUUGUCUUCACCAGUAAUUGUUCAUAAAAACUGUGACCAUCGUAAACCUGACACGCCUCCAGAAUAACCGUACAAUUUGUGAAACUUACUUUUUUGUUUCUCUGCACCAAAAGGCUUCUUGGUAAAUUUUUGACCAAACCACUAUUGCCGCUUUGCUAGAUAUGUUGUAAAACCAAAUGCUGUCUUUUCUGUGUUCAUUACAUCAUCCAGAGGUGCAGACAGCUUGGUGACUUUCACCACCUUCUCCAGGA